AUGCAUUUUCUAAAUGUGGAACAAAGUUGGAAUUUAUUUCGUGAAAAGGUGUUUGGACAAGAAAAUUGCCCUCCUGAAUUGGAAGAUAUUGGAAGGACAAUUGCAAAAAAUUGUCAUGGACUUCCAUUAUCAAUUGUGGUGAUUGUUGGACUUCUCUCAAAAGUUGGUAAAGCACGAGAUGAGUGGGAGCACGUUGCUGAAAAUUUAAGCUCAUUUAUAGCAGAAAAAGAUGGCCAGUGCUUAGAGAUAUUAACUUUAAGUUUCAAGUACUUGCCUACUCAUUUGAAAGCUUGUUUUCUUUAUAUGGGAGUUUUUCCGGAAAACUAUGAGAUUCCCGCUUCUAGACUCAUCAAAUUAUGGGGGUCUAAUAGGAAAAUUAAAUCCUGUGGUAUGCAUGAUCUUUUGAGCGAGCUAUGCGUGAGGAUAGCUCAUAAGGAGAAAUUUUUUUGUGUCAAGAGCAAGUAUCUGUACUUUGAUCCGGAAGAGGCAACUUUCAUGCGCUGUCUGAGUAUUCAUGACGAUGCCUCUUAUAGUCCAAGAGAAGAGGAUGUGACUGUGCGAUCAAUGUCUUGUGUACGUUCUUUCAUAUAUAGCGGUUGGGAUGAAACUCAAUUGCAUUCAUAUUAUUAUUUUGGUUGUCUGUUGCUAAGGGUAUUGGAUAUGGUUGGAUUGGAGCUUACAAAAUUCCCAGAUGAAAUACUUCAACUAGUUAACUUAAGGUACAUUGCUAUCAUCUGUCUUGGUAAAAUCCCUCCUGCUAUUACCUUGCUUAGGAAUCUACAGACUUUAAUUGUUGAAGACCCAUGUGGAAUUGCUAUUGAACUACCGGAUGAAAUUUUUAAUAUGCCACAAUUAAGGCAUAUCAAAAUUUCUCGAGCUUCCCUGCCUCCUGUUUUCCCUAUCCCAUUCCCUGAUAGUGAUAAUCAUUUCGUUCUAGAAAACCUAGAGACACUUUCGAUGGUACAAGAUUUAGGAAUGACAAAACAUGUCCUCGAAAAAAUGUCGAAUGUAAAGAAGUUGGGAAUUCAUUAUAACACCACUAUAUGGCAUGUUUAUGAUGUCCACCUCCAAAAACUUGAAACACUAAAGAUU